AUCAAUUUGGAUUCUCCAAAACACUUUUAAACAUUGGGGGUUUGUGAGUGUGUGUGUGUGUAUAUACAUACAUAUAUAGUUGGUCGUUUAGAUUAAUUUUUAAAGUGCAAGCUGAGUUCAGAUUUUAAAGGAGAAAGAAGUUUUAACAAUGGCUGAGGGCAAGCAAGUUGAGAUGCCAAGAGUGAAACUUGGAAGCCAGGGACUUGAGGUCUCGAAAUUGGGGUAUGGCUGUAUGGGGCUCACUGGAGGCUACAAUGCUCCUGUCCCUGAAGAGGUUGGCAUUUCAAUAAUCAAGUAUGCAUUCGACAAAGGAAUCACAUUCUAUGACACAUCAGAUGUUUAUGGCGCUGACCAUGCUAAUGAAUUAUUGGUGGGAAAGGCAUUGAAGCAGUUGCCUCGAGAAAAGGUCCAGUUGGCAACAAAAUUUGGUAUAGUCAAAAGUCAACCUACUUGUGUUAUAGUAAACGGGACUCCAGAGUAUGUUCGCUCCUGUUGUGAGGGUAGCCUGAAGCGCCUUGGCGUAGAAUACAUUGAUCUCUACUACGCACACCGAAUAGAUACAACGGUACCUAUUGAGGAAACUAUGGGGGAACUUAAGAAACUAGUGGAGGAGGGUAAAAUAAAGUACAUUGGUCUGUCUGAACCUAGCCCAGACACAAUUAGAAGGGCACAUGCUGUUCAUCCUAUCACUGCUUUACAGAUGGAGUAUUCCCUUUGGUCUCGUGACAUUGAGGAAGAAAUAAUCCCGCUUAGCAGGGAACUUGGAAUCGGGAUAGUUCCGUACAGUCCUGUUGGUCGUGGAUUUUUCGGUGGCAGGGGAAUCGUGGACAGUGUGCCUCCAAAGACUUACUUGGAAACACAUCCUAGGUUUACGGGAGAGAACUUAGAGAAAAACAAGAUCAUUUAUACUCGAAUAGAAGCAUUGGCUAAAAAGCAUGGAUGCACCCCUAUACAGCUCGCACUUGCAUGGGUUCUUCAUCAAGGGGAUGAUAUUGCACCCAUUCCCGGUACAACCAAGAUCAAAAACCUUGACGAUAAUAUUGGUUCGGUGAGAGUGAAGCUCACGAAAGAUGAUUUAAAAGACAUCUCUGAUGCUGUACCUAUCAAUGAGGUGGCAGGGAAUAGGCAACUUAGUGAAGCUUUUGAGAAAAUCACGUGGAGAUACGCUAAUACACCGCCUCCAAAAGAUUACAAGUUUUCGGCCUAAUGUAUCUCCUCCUGAAAUGCAUCUACUUGGUGGAAAAUCUUGCAUUUCCUCAUUCAGAUACUGUUGCCUUAGUAUGUAGAGUUUUAAUAUGUGAGAUAUGAUGAGUUGCUCUGUUACCAGAGAGUCCUUUUCGAUGUUAUAUAAAGUUAUUUUAUGUAUCUGUGUAUCUAUAAUACCCGAAAAUGAGAAAAUGAGAACAUUGUGAAGUUCUUAUAUUUCAGAAGAACGAGAGAAAGUUUGAGGUGUGUAUCUAUUAUUUCCCAUAUUGUUGGACAUGAUUAUUCUAUAUAAGUUUGUGUUAUAUAAAUUAAACUUGUUUUGAGAAUUGUUUGGCAAGCUUA